GGUUUUCUGUCAAGUCUAGUGGCGACAAUGUUAAAAUACGAACAACACAUUACUGUAUUCUCGGCUCAAAUGGGUAGCACUGACAAACCGGCCUUGCUCAACACUUGAAAAAUACAGCGUCACAUCACAUUUUUCUUUUAUGAUUCGCUUCUAUAAGUUAUACUCGCUGUUCCUGAAAACCAUGGCCAACGCCAAUACCACCAAUAUAGCGUUCGUCAAAGAGUGGUGCCUUUGCGAGAAGUUGCCCAGAGCAGUGCUCCACAUUCCAUUGGACUGUAACCUCCGCUGCGAGGUGUGUGGACUAGAGCGGCGCCCUAAAACCGAUCCUAGCUCCAGCGAUGAAGAGGAGGCCGCAGCCAACAAACGGCAGAAGAUGCUUCUGGAGCGACGACGGUCCGCGGAGGCACUCCAAGGUGCUGCCCGCGUCAAGGUGGCCAUGCGAGCCAAGAAGCCAUGUUUAAUGCACAACUGCAAGAAAAAUUGCUCCAAGUGCGGGGGAAUGCCCAAACCAAGAGCCAAACACGAAACUGUAGUCGGAGAAUGUAAGAAGAAAGUAUACUCGGGCUGCUUUGGACACUUUCCAAAGCCCAUGGGAGUUUUACCGAAGUGGCGCCGUGGGGUACGGACUCCAGAUCGCGAUCCGACUCCAACUGCAGCGCCACCAUCAUCGCCUUCAUCUCCCCAGUCUGUGCAACACACAUUCGGGUCCAUGUGGGAGCGUGCGCCCGAGGAAUCUACGAAUCUGGUGGCCAUGGCACGCGAGGUGUUUAUUCAACCCUGUCAAUCAUCCCGUCGACUCUGGCCCACGAAUGGAAAACGUUUGGUCAGCGAUUAUAUUCCUCUGAGCACACCCAUCACGAACCCAUCUGGCGGGGCAAUCUCCAAGCGAAGCAGCAUCUUCCGCACUAGCACCAGCCGCACGCUACCGCCGCUGUCAAAAGUGUUGGCCUCUGUUUUGGUUGAAAAAGGGGCAUCAAAAGCCCGUGCAAAAGGUGGCGGACUGAGUAACGAUUCGAUUAACGCCGACAACCAAAUGGAAAGUCAGUUUUGCCCCUUUGAGUACUACGAGGGACCGUCGGAAGAUGCACUGGUCUUAGACAGUGCCCGCUUCAUGCUGCAGGAGCCCAUGGCGCUGAACACGAAAACCGAUCGACAUCUGCCGCUCCUAUUGCUGCCCUCUUCUGGCUCGGAAGAGAGCGUUAGCUCUGGUUCGCUCAUACACGAUGACAUUGCAACAGUUACAUCCUCAGACAGCCGCAACUCCGGAGAUAUCAGUGGCAUAUGCAAGAUAGGCUAUGAGCAUCCCAUCCCCCAAAAAACAAUCAAUUUAUUAGACUUUGAAGAGGCAGGAGUAAAAGCAGAAAAGAAGACCGAUCAUGUAGAGAAGCAGACACUUAAAAUGUUAAUUGUGGAUCAAGGUGAACAAAUGAUGAAAGCAUUGGGACUCUCCAGUACUGGACAUGUUAAAGUUACGAAUCUGAUGAACAUCGAUCAAGAAGAUGGGGCUGCAGAGAACGGAGAACUAGAGUCCGAGUCUAAUGGAUCAGCCAACCCUCCUAUUAAUGAUGUGACAAAUGAACAUGUUAUUUCCUCAAAUAAAUAUCAGACCGAUGCAAAGUAUUCAAAAGUCCUAUCAAAGAAAUUGAGCAGACCCCACAUCUUGCAUGUACCCGGGGAUAGGUUGUGCAGGACAACCGGUAGGAAGCGGGAGGGAGCAAAACCAGUGUGUGACAAAUGCGGACAUCACAGAAACGCAGCCGAUGCUGUUAUGCCAACUCAAGAUUCAAAAGCAAAGAGUGUCCAGCAGACGCCUAGAAAAUACCAGAAAAAAGUUUCUGGGUCCUAUCGUGAAAUAAUCAAGAUGCCACUCUCAAAAAAUUUGUUUGGUAUACAGCCUUCUGUAUCAGUACCCGAUAAGACUGGUACACUCCAUAGAACUUUACACAGUUUUCCCAGAUUUUUAAUAGCUGAGCAAAAAUUGGAGGGCCGUAAGCCUACCUGCAUCAAAAAUAUCAAAGAAGAUAAACCUAAUCCUCUUGGUGAUAAUAAUUUAAACACACCCAUGAAAUGCGAUGAGGAAUCUCCCAAGAAAUAUCAUAACUUGAGUAUGUACAAAGAACCUUCAAGCUCAUCACAGACAGUAGCAGACCAUGAUCCUGCUUUUUUCGAAAGUCUUCCCGUUCCGUUAACAAUUAAAUACAGCGAGGAAAUAGUUAAAAAUGUAAAUAGCAACCAACCCUAUCAGCACCAUGUCACACACGUUUCUAAAGCCGCAUCAGACCAGAGGCAAUUAAGAAAUUCCUUCUCAGAGGAUAGCAGUCUUGAAGAGAAAUUCCAUAAAACACCCGAUGGAUACGUGCCCACAGACGGAAGAACUAACCAAUCGCAUAUAUUGUCGCAUAGCUGCAUAAAGACAGAAGUCUCAAUCCAUUGGCGAGGGAUCCACACCUUGGAAACCGUUUCACAUGUCUGUGGCGAGAUGAUUAAGCCUAAGAUGGCUACUCAUAAAUGCAAUGUUAUGGAAAAUCUCAAGAAGACCACCUUGUCGGAUCAACCUACGAAUGUGGCGAUCUAUGAGUUCCGCAUGCCUGACAUAAAUUCCAACGCGAUAGACAAAUCUGGAAUGGCUAACUCCUAUAGGCGAAAUAAAGAUGUGAGCACGAGCGGAUCUGAGACACCAGUAGCUCACUCUCCCACACCAAGGCACAUGAAUCUUUUCUCAAGAAAAUUUAAAAGGAUUUGGAGGCGUAGUCCGCCCAUUUUUGCAGUUCCUUCAAUAAAAUACAAUAGACGAAAGUUGAGAACAAAAGAUGGACUGUGUGAAGUUACGGAAUUAUCAUUAAUGGCAAAUCCAGAUAUCCUGAUGCAACACAAGGAGGAUGUGGUACAGUAUGGCAAUAUUCCAUCGAAAGCCGAUCAUCUUGAGGUGAAGAUAGGAAGACGAAUACGGAGAGAGCAUUCGUUGGAGCGCAGGUUCAAUAUGCUCGUAAAGACCAAGUCCAAUCCUUCCAAGACGAAUUCGGAGGAAGAACAACAUAGAGAGUAUUUGCUGAAGGUGAAACUAGAAGAAAUGACGACAAAGCCAAUUCAGCUUCUGACUCCGCAUGAAGAAACAUCUGACCAUAGUUCUACGAGACUUUACCAGGACCCACUUCGUUUUAUCCACAGCUCUUGAGAUCAUGUGCUUCUAAAAAUUGGUUUCAAGAAACGUGGAAUCUUUUUAAAAAGUUUGAUGAUUGCGGAGCCUUGCACAGACUCGCUGGCAGAGAAUUUGAGAGAACACUAACCUUAAAUACGAUUCGAUGCUCCCAUUUUUAGUACAGAUCUGCAAGCCGUAGAAGAAUGCAAUCAUCAGUAUAUCCCAAGAUCGGACGCAACCCCUCGCCAGAUAUUCGGGUGCGGUAUCGCAAUCCCGUAGCAGCUUUCAUCACGGGAAUCGCGAGUUUGGCUUAUUGGAUGAUGUACUGGCUUGCUUAUUUCAUAAUUUAUCUAUCCGGAUCUGCUCUUCUCUUGGGCCUGGUCUGGCCACGACACUCAUGCCGAGUGCUGUUAUCCGUGCUGAAGCAGGACCACAUGGAACGACAUUUCAAAGACGAAUUAUGAGUUGUAUAUAUAUUUUUUAAUAAAACGUUCGAGCAAGAACUGCAAACGCUCAAAUACUCUUGCCCCUCACAU